AUGAAAGAUCAAAUCAUAAUAUUUAAUGCACUAAUAUAAGUGGAACCCUCAUCAGAUGACGUGGCGCACCGGGUCCACACAAUAAUUUCCAAACGCGAGAAUCGUAGACCACACCACCACUAUAAAUAUACGGGGAAGUUCAACCGUACGCUUCGACGCACACGACCACGUCCUUCCUCGACUCAUUCCGUUUCCCGUUUCCCAUUCCCCUCGCGUUUCCCCCAUUCCCCUCGCGUUUCACCGAUCAUGGCUCUCGACUCCACCCUCGCCCGAAUCCGCGAGCACCUCCUUGGCGGCGGCGACUCUGCCUCUUCGCAUCUCGUUCAACCCCCCGAGCCCCACCCACAAACCCUAAACCUAACCCUAGCGGAGCCCUACGACGCCGAUAACUCUGCGUACCUGGGCUCCGUCGACGGCGGCGGCGCCGGCGAUGGGUGGCGGCGGGGGGAGAGGUACCGCGGGGUGCGGCGGCGCCCGUGGGGCCGGUUCGCGGCGGAGAUCCGCGACCCUCGGCGCCGCGGCGGUGGGUCUAGGGUUUGGCUCGGGACCUUCGACUCCGCCGUGGCCGCGGCGAGGGCCUACGACCGCGCCGCGUUCGCCAUGCGCGGGGCCAAGGCGAUCCUCAACUUCCCCAAUGAGAUCGGCUGCGGAACCCUAAACCUCCACCGCCGUUCGAUCCCGCCGCCGCCGCCGCAUCGGACGGCGGGGAAGAGGAGGAGGGGAAGGGUUGGGGAGGGGGAGGCGAUGAUGAUAACAGCAACAACGACGACGACGACGACAACGAGGGAGAGGGUCGAGGGAAUCGAAUACGGGGAGGGGAAUAUUCCGUUAGAGUGCGAGCUGACGCCGUCGAGUCGGCGGAGCGGCUGUGAUGGGGAGGUUGCUGACGUGGAGCGUAUCUUCGAGGCGCCGUCGCCGUUAUCUCCGCGGCCGCCGUUGCACUUUUCCUCGCUUUAAAAUAAUAUAUAAUACAAAAAAAAAUCAUGGUUUUU